AUGUCGAGGCAGGCGCUGCAGCUGUGGCGCAGUGUACGAGCGGUGGUGCACCGCCUGCAGGGUCGGGAGCUCGUGGGAACGGAUCCGCUGGGCAACGAGUACUUCCGGCAGUCGACGCACGAGGACGAUGGCAGCGUGCGGGAGAAGCGGCUGUUCGUGCCGCACCACGGCUCCCAGGCCGCGCACGACUUGGAGUGGAACGAGAUACCGCCCGCGUGGAACUCGUGGCUGAAUUACACGAGGCACGAUCCGCCCACGCACGAGGAGAUCGCGAAGGCCGAGGAGUACCGGAAAUCCGUCGCCAUGCGUGCGCACGACCUGGCUAGGGAGGAGGAGAAGCGGCGGUGGCGCAGGGCGUCCUCGGCCGCCGCGGCCGAGGGCGGGGCCGACGCGGGCCCAGACAUGUCGGCCUUCGUGCAGCAGCUGCGCGGCGCGGGCCAGUUCUCCGAGCAGGGGCCUCCGCGGACAGGUCCAGCCUCCGGGAACAAACCGCCGCCCCCGCCCGGGGAAUUCAAGCCGGAGUCCUGGACGCCCGGCAGCAAGUAG